AUGGCGGAUCGUGCGAUCCUGGGCUGCGCGGCUGGAACAGCUGCGGUGUUUGGUGGCACCGGCCAGAGCAGCCGAACGGGAGCUGGCCCAUUGCAGUUUGGAGCCUCGAAGCACGGCUUACGCAGAGCAGUGGGGAGCGAGAGGACUUGCAGAUGCUUGAGGGAACUUGUCAGGGGUUGGGGUAUGUGGGCAGUCACUCCGGUCAGCAUACCUGACAGGUGUGUGGAGAAAGAUGAAGAGCACCUCAGCAGGCUUCUCAAUUACGUAUUGAGAGGUGUGCAUUGUGGCACCAAGGAUGAACUGGGGCAGUGGUGGCGUGCAGCCAGGCAUCGGCAUUCAGAAAACAUGAAACAGGUGCAGAUUGUUGAUGAAGAUGAACUCGAAAUGGGAGCGAGGUUGGGCAAAAGUGGCCAGGGGGUGGUUUUCAAAGCCAUGUGGCGAUCGACAAAGGUGGCCGUGAAGAAGUCCACAAGAGAGGGCAAAGAGGAAUGUUUGCCUAUCGAUGAUUUUGCCGAGGUUCUCAAAGAGGUCAUGGUGCAUGCUGCUCUCAGUUCCCACCGAUGCAUUGUUCGUCUGCUUGCAACAACUGUGUCGGGCUGGAUAGUGAUGGAGCAGGCUGAUGCUGACCUACAUACACUGUGCCACACCUCGAAGGGGCUGAGUUGGGGAUCCAUGGCAAGACUGCUGCAGCAGGGGGCUGAGAGUUUGGCAUACAUCCACGCUCAAAACCGAGUACAUGCCAACGUCAAGCCUCAGAAUUUUCUAGUUUUCGGGACACAUCCAGAAAGCUGUAGCUUGAAAAUAUGUGACUUCAAAAACUCUUGUGAACAGGGCCGUGCAAGAAGCAAGACAGCGGCGGUUGACAGAGCAAUGCAGCAAUGGAUGGCCCCAGAGUGUUGUGACGAUCAUCUCUUCAGCCAGGCGUCGGAUGUUUAUAGCUUUGGCAUAGUGUGCUAUGAAUUAUUGACCCAGGUCUUCCCAUUGAGUGCAAAUGCGAGUACCCAAGGUGGUGUCAUGGCAGGAAACCUGCCUGGGACAGAACCGUGGCUGGUGUACCGACAUCAGUGUCCUCCAGAAGCUCUACAGCUCAUGAAUAGCUGUUGUGCUGACAAUCCCAAAGAACGGCCAACCAUGGAGGAGGUCAGCAACAUCUUGCGCAAGCUGUCGGAAGAAUGGAAUCCAGCUGAAGGAAUGGGUGUGAAGGCAAGGUGCUCCCUGAGGUCUUGGUGCUGUCCGAUAACAGACAUCGACAACGUCUCCAUUGUGAGAAACGGCACAGAGAUUCAGACCGCACAUUUUGUCAUCCAGGAAGGCGCGUGGAUCGAUGACUAUGGAUGCGAGCACAAGGUGGCUGUCAAGUUGGCAAAGAAGGUGAUGACACAGCGGGCCAAGAUGAAGGUGAUCAUGAAGCAGCUGGAAAUCUUGACAAGUGUGCCACCCCAUUCCAGCAUCGUGAAGUUGGUGGGUGCGAGGCUCAAUGGAGACCCGAUGAUCGUGGAGGAAUGGGUGCCAAGCAACUUAGAAGUACAGAUCAGGAGCCAGGCCUUGACAUACAAUCAGAUCCUAAGGAUCGGCCGGGGUGUGGCCUGGGGCCUGGAUCACCUGCACAGGCAUGGUGUCACACAUCAUGACAUCAAGCCAGCAAAUAUCCUGCUGGACAGCAAUGGAGGGGUCAAGUUGUCAGGCUUCAUGUGCUCCAGGUUCAGCCCGACGUCAGCAUCUCUGGCCAGCAGCUCGGCGAGCUUCGUCGGGACGCUGGGCUACAUGGCGCCGGAGUGCCUCCUCCAAGGUUUCCUCAACGUUCAAAUGCCCGCCCCUGGCGAGGGCUGCGCACGCCACUCGGCGGAGAGGAUCGACGUCUACAGCCUGGGCAAGGUCAUGCUGCGCUGCGUGACUGGGAGCCUGGUCCUGCAAGAGGACAACCCAGAGGCCGAGUGCCUCUGUCCUGACCUGUGGGUGCUCAUCCGCAUGUGCACGUGCGCCAAUCCGGCAGGGCGGCCCAUCUGCGAGCAGGUCGUGGGGAUGCUGGAGGCGAUGUUGGAGGAGCCAGCCGCAGGCUGGGGCGACUGGAGGCUGAGGAAGCCGAAGGAUGAGCUUUGGGCGGCGUCUGACGACGAUUCGGUGGAUUGGUAUGACCUGUAA